AUGUGUGGUUGUAGUCGCAAUACCACUGGCAUUAUUAUAGGAUCCAUUUACAUUGCAGUCUGUAUAAUCUAUGUGAUAUUCACCGUUAUUGAAUAUAUGAAAUAUGAUAAAACAUUUGGGGAAUUUUUGAAAUCGGAUGCAGCUAUGAAAUCAAUCAUAACAUGUUCAGUGAUCGUUUUAAUAUCAGCUUUAUAUAUAGUAGCCAUUGUUAAGAGAGAUCAAUACUUAAUAAUACCCUGGCUCUCACUUGGCAUCAUUAUUUUCUUCAUCACCUGUAUUAACGUGUACUUUUUGCAUUUUAUUGUUAUUUUUGAAUCAAUUUUUAUAUUUUUAAUACUAUUGUUACUUGGUAUUCAAAUUGCAAUUUUCUUCUUUAGUAUUUCAUUGUUUAAGGAAAUACGUAGAGAAAAUAAUAUACAAACACCUCCGACAAAUGAAUCCAUGGAUCAAAUGGCGAACAAAGCUUUGCUUUGAAUUUUUAUUCCAUAGACAAAUAAUGAAGUUUAAUCGGUAGAUUUAAUCUUAAAAACUUAUUUUAUUUUUUUUUAAAUUAAUAAAAAUUAAAUAUAGAUAAAAUUUAUUUAUAUAAAAUAAAUAAA